AAACGAAAAACCGAUGAUUUGAAUGACGGCUCGAAUGAGAAGAGGAGUCGAGUGGAGGGCAGAGCCAAAGGCCAGUCGCCGGCCGUAUCGUCGCUAUGGGUCGACAAAUACACUCCGGUGUCGACCAAAGCAGUGAUCGGACAACAGGGGGACAAGAGUUGUGUCAAUAAACUCAUCAAAUGGUUGUCCAAUUGGUACCACAAUUUGGACAAAAAGCCCGGUUUCGGCAAAUUCGCGGCCGAAGGCGACGGACAGGGCUUUCGGGCGGCGCUGUUGUCGGGUCCGCCCGGCGUCGGGAAGACCACAUCCGCACAACUGGUGUGCAAAGAGUUGGGCUUUGAUUACAUCGAAUUGAACGCAUCGGACGCCAGGAAUAAGAAAACACUGGAACAAGUGGUCAAAGAAGUGCUCCAAAACACGACACUCACCGACUUCUUCAACACGGCGUCCGCCAAGACGUCGGUCACCACCAGACACGUUGUCAUUAUGGACGAAGUGGACGGUAUGGCCGGCAACGAAGACAGAGGCGGUGUCGCCGAACUGAUCCAAUUGAUUAAGACGACAAAAGUGCCCAUCAUUUGCAUUUGCAACGACCGCUCGCACCCGAAGAUGCGAUCUCUGGUCAACUAUUGUUUUGAUUUGCGGUUUUUUAAGCCGAGAGUGGAGCAGAUAAAGGGGCCGAUGAUGUCCAUCGCCUACAAAGAGGGCCUUCAAAUCGCGCCCAACGUCUUGCAUGAGCUGAUCGUAAGCGCCAAUCAAGACAUACGGCAAGUGUUGCACAAUCUGUCUCUGUUGGGCACCGGAGCCAAAAAGAUNGAUUUGCGUUUCUUUAAGCCCAGAGUGGAGCAGAUAAAGGGGCCGAUGAUGUCCAUCGCCUACAAAGAGGGCCUUCAAAUCGCGCCCAACGUCUUGCAUGAGCUGAUCGUAAGCGCCAAUCAAGACAUACGGCAAGUGUUGCACAAUCUGUCUCUGUUGGGCACCGGAGCCAAAAAGAUUGAUAACCUAUUGUCCGAUCAGUCCAUUAAAGACGUCCGAUUGAGUACGUUUGAAGCGAUUCGCAAAGUGUUUACCGCCGGCGAAGAGUACCAACGGAUGAGUUUCAAUGACAAAUCGGACCUAUUUUUCUGCGACUACUCUUUUAUGCCGUUAUUUAGUUUUGAAAACUAUCCGCUCGUCAACCCAUCCAAAGCCAAGAAUGAAAGCCAACGACUGAAAUGUGCGACAAAAACGAUUGAAUCGUUAGCUUUUGGAGAUCUGAUUGAGAAACAGAUUCGCAGCGCUAAUAACUGGAGUCUAUUACCACUACAGGCGGCGUUCGCUAGUGUUAUGCCCGGCGCUUACAUGAACGGCCACUUUGGUGGACAAAUCAAUUUCCCCUCAUUUAUGGGCAAAAUGUCGACCACUAAUAAAAAGCUCCGUUUAUUACAAGAGCUGAAAAUGCAUAUGAAUUUGAAAGUUAGCGGCAGUAAGAGUGCCCUCAAUCUGGACUAUUUGGAGCCAUUGAGGGACUCUAUAAUCGAGCCAUUGGUGGCCAAUGGGACGGGAGGUGUGCCCAACAGUAUUGAGAAACUCGAGAACUACUGCCUCCGACGCGAAGAUCUCGAAUCGAUACUCGAGUUA